AUGAAAUCAAGCACUCUGACAAAUAAAGUCGCUGUGCAACACGAGGAGAAGCCGCAGUGCAUUCUGCUGUCAUCCGGGGCGGUUGUUGACGACUUCAGGGGGACAGACGCCAAUCCUUUUUUCCAAACGACGCUGUGUGCCUGCAGCGUGUCCUUUGGAAAAGCUCACGCGCCGUCGUCACGCACCACAAUGGGAAUGAAAAAAAAAAUCUUUAACCAGACCGAAAUGCAGACAGUGCCGCGUCGCCAUCAGCCGCGGCUGGUCGCAGGAGAUUGGGCGUCGCAGCAAAACACCAUGCGUUACUUUCUGGUUGGAUGCUUCCACAGUGCGUCGCAGCACGGCGGUGAGGCAAUCGCACCGUGUCUGGCCCCCAUUCACCUCCACAGCCUGGAGGCGCAGCACCGCGAUAGCUGCACGGCAUCGCUCGGCCCACGCGCAUCAGCGAAGGAUGCUUCUGUUCAUCUGGCAGCCAAUCUAGCACCGCUGCGGAGGAUUGUUGGGUUCCGCGCAUUCACGCAGCACGAACGCCUCACUCUUCUCCGAUACAUUGAGGACGUGCGUGGCGCAAUCUGCUUGGAAACCAUGCCGCCGACGCAUGGGAAUGCAGUGACGACCAUUCCGCUGCCGGGAGAUGCCGUACUUGACGAAAUGCGACGCGUCUGCUGCCACAUGGAAAUCUUCCCGCACCACACCCGCGUCUCUCAUGCUGAGCAGCGAAUUUUCGUCUGCGACACUGUGAGCUGCGACGGGGUGGGCGUCUUCCAGCCACGGCACAUCAAGACGCUCCGGACGGUGUCAGACGAUCGGCCUUUGAAACGGCCUGCGCCUCCCUGGGACCAUAUGGCGCAGGCCGCUGGACGGACGACGGUCCGUCUCUCGCUGAGCAUGCGUCUGGAUCCGCUGCGCUGCCAUUUGACUCCCCGGACAGCCGCGCUGCCUGUGGGGCCUCACCGCACAGCUGCUGGCAGCCUUGCAUGCUCCUGCCGAGCGGAGCGUCUUUUCACCAAGCACGGCCACGGACAUUUCUUCAUUUCCCCGCCUGGCGGCAGCAUCCCAAUCGCCCACACGAGUUCCUGCCGCCACAGAUGCCCUCUCGGCGAUGGAAUCACUCCGCCUUGGCCCGCUGGCGGUGCACGACGACGUCACCGAAGAGAUUUAUACCGUGCCGCUUCCACUGGCGGAUCGAGGUCGCACUGUUGGCUCCGUAUUUUCCUCAUGACACUGCGGAAUCCCACGCAAAGUGACAGCGGACGCUGA